AUGAACUCACAAUCAAGCUCGCCAAUAGCUAAUGGAGGAAGAGAUCAUGCUGUCAUCACAAUUGUAGCGACAGACAGUAUCCAAACGACACCAAUGGAUUUGGACCAAAGAAUCCAGGAAACAAGAUGGCUUCUGCAUCCAUCAGCAGGAAACGAGUCUUGUUGCAUUUUCAAGGUACGUCAAUGCCUUGUGGAAAUAAACAAGAAGGCUUACCAGCCCCAUAUUGUCUCCAGUGGUCCAUAUCACUAUGGAGAUCAACUUUUGGAGAUGAUGCAGCAACACAAAUGGAGAUUUCUUCACGAUCUACUUGCUAGAACACCUUCAAACGGCCCAACACUUGAUCACCGUCUCCAGGUGGUAGCAGCAAUGGAAGAAGAUAUAAGAGGGUGCUACUCGGAGACCAUCAGUUUAUGCAGUCAUGAUCUAAUUGAGAUGAUGGUGUUGGAUGGUCUCCUCACUAUUGAACUCUUUUGCAAAGUUGGAAGAUUGUCACCAAGUGAUCCAGAUGAUCCCAUCUUUAACUUGGCAUGUGAUCAUUCCCCUCAAGAAGAGCCUCGAAAUGUUCGUCCAUUAGUUCAAUUGAUUAAGUAUGCCAAAAAGCCUCUAGAAGGAACAAGGAAGGCAAUGCAAAAGUUUGUUGCAGGAAGGAAGGGAAAUACUUCUCCAUCCAUUGAAUUUAUCCAGUCAGCCAAAAAGCUUCGUCAAGCUGGAAUUAAGUUCAAGACAAGGGAGGCAAAAAUUGUCAAGAAUUAUCUUGGAACUGAUGAGGAGGUUGUUCAUUUCUUCAAAAACCUUGGCAAAGAUGUGUCUUUAAAUAUUGGUGAGGGUAAUCUAUCAAAGUUGUUCAAGGACGUGAAUGAGUACCAUAGAAAUAUGUGGCAUGUGAGAUGGGAAGGUUUUAGAUUCAAGUAUUUUGGUACUCCAUGGUCUUUCUUGUCUGCUUUAGCUGCUGUUAUACUCCUACUACUCACUGCAAUUCAGGCCUUCUAUGCUGUUUAUGGAUAUGCCCUUCCGCCGAAACCUGGGAAGAAGCACUAG